AUGCCUACCAAUGUUGGAGUGAUGGCUUUAACAGCUACAGCAUCACAACCUCUACGGCAACAGGUGGAGGCUACUUUAGGAAUGAGAAAUCCAUUUACAAUUAUACGAUCACCAGACAAAUGUAACAUUAGAUUUAGUGUUGUUCAGGUAAAGGGAUAUAAUGGUUAUGAUGUACCAAAAGUUUUUGAUCUUUUAUUGACCAAAUUGAAGAUGAAGUUGACACUCAUGCCAAGGGUUAUGAUUUUCUGCAAAGCUAAAAGUGACUAUAUUUAUAUUUUAAAAUGUUUUUGGGACCAAUUUUUUGACAUCCUACUGGUACUUCAGCAGAUGUUAUUGGAGUUCGACUUGUUGACAUGUUUUACAAAGGUACUGAUUUCUGAUGUCAAAAGUACCAUCAUCGACAAUUUCACAAAACAAUCAUGCUUAAGGAUAGUAAUAUGUACUGAUGCUUUUGGGAUGGGUAUAGACUAUAAAAAUGUGAGAUGCAUAAUUCAUUAUCGUGUACCGAAUGAUAUGGAGACAUAUGUCCCACAGAUUGGAAGAGGAGGCAGGGAAGAAAUUGAUUCAUAUGUUGUAAUGUUACAUGUCAAGAGGUUGCUAGAAAUUUGUGAAGGUAACAUGUUGGAUUACGUCAAAAAUAAGUCACAAUGCAGAUGUGACAUGCUUUUUCGUGAAUUUGAAAAACUAUGUUCCCUCUGA